CAAGGCAACAUCAAUGUACGUUAGUGUAUUAACAUGUACUACCCGUUGUUGGGGAUCACAUUGAUUUGUUACGUUUCUGCGGAUCUUAAUCGUGUGCAGGUCUCUCCAAAAUUUUUACAGAAUGCUCUAGCAAAGUCAAAAAAAGACAUGAAAGUCAAAGAGAGUGAUACGUAUUUCGACAAACCAGAUAACAAAAUGCUUAUACCCGUGACCCCAGAAGAGAUACAGGCAACGAAAAAGCGAUUGAAGAAGCAUCCGAAAUCUACGAUACAGAAGAUCAUAGCGAGGAAUAAAAAGAAUAAGAAGAUGAUGUCCCAUCGUCUGACCACAAAACCAACACUUCCACCAGCUAGUUAUGAUGUGGAGGAAUUUGACGAAAGAGACGAUGAUCCCACCACCCAAGCUGCACUCAAGUUCGGCAAGAAAAUCAAAAAGCGGAACAACAAGGUACUAAAAUACCAUAGCCAGAUCCAAAAAAUGCCAAACAGGAUAUCACCGAAAGCCAAAAGAACGAAAAGAGACACAGACAGGGACAACACGAUCAUAUUUCAGGAUUUCGACGAGUUCGAAUUUCUAGACAAUAAAAAAGAUUAUGAUCUUGUUAGGACACAUUUCAAAAAAUAUUGGUGAAAAUUUUAAUUGAAUGUUGUAGAAUAAGUGAGCAAAGUAAGUUAAAGUGCGAGUGUGAAAUAAAAGAUUUGAAUUUG